AUGUUCAAGCAAACUCAACAGAGGCUAUAUAAAGUGAUUGGUAAGGUCAAAUUGGCUGACCUUCCUAUCAAGUGGCAGUUUCCUGUUGAUACAACUCUCUUGAAUGAAGAGCAGGCAAAUCCGGAUUUCACAUUCGCCGAGAUCAGAGGUUCCCUGCCGCACCUUUCUCACGACGAUCCGACCGACGCGGAAGAGGUGGUAUCGGUUCGUCUCAAAAAUGGCGAAAACAAAACUAUACAAUGGAUCCGCAUCCAUCAAGAUGGCUCAGUGCGCAAGGUGAUCUAG